GCUUGUGUGAAUAGCGAUCGAUCUCUACUCUAGCAGUACAUAUCUGAAGUCAUUUUAAAUGUAAUCCUUAAUAUUUUUUUGUAGAGUAACGCGAAAUGUUCAUGAAACAACAGACAAAGAUGAUAUGAAACAAGUAUAAAAAUAAGAUCCGCAGAUCGAGGAGAUACUUCUAUAAAAUGUGAACACAAAACAACUAUGUCAAAAAUACAAGGGAAGGGGCGGAGACGAAGCCUGAAAGUGAAAAUCUUGUGAAGAAGUAAAAUUUAUGAACUGCAUAAGUAGAAAAAUAGCAUGUGUAUUAAAUUGAAACAAUCCUUUCCUUAAUAAAGGAAAGACAGAAAGUGAAAUGGAAAUGCUUUAAGAUGCGCGGUCAGCAGACUUAAAAUGUAUGCAGUCACUGGCCAGCGCCUUUUGGUCCUCGGUCUUCAUCAGAAUCUUUUCACAAGCACCAGAAUAUAUAUAUCUGAAUUAGCGCCUCGUCCAAGACCAUCAACAUCUUGUAAAUAACAGGGAUAUAUUAUCCAAAUGUAUAGAUAAAUAAGGAAUCACACUUGUAGAGGCUUUCAUAAUAAAGCAAACUUUAGUACCACAGCUAUGGAGACAAGUUUCGUGGAUAACCAAGAGUUAAGCUAACGUCUCAUUCCACUGGAGAAGAAAUGGACUCAUCAGUCAAGCGGCUGCACUGCGGGCCGAGAUGGCUGUGGCUGUUCGUCGGGAUCCUGGCCGGGACGAGCGCGGAACUGUCGGCGGCGCCGCAGUCCUUCCCCGUUGCCGUCGAAGAGAAUGCCUUUUCCUUUAACAACGACGGGACAUACAUGUUCUCUUACGACACGGGUUCAGGAGAACACCAAAGUUUUCGGACCGAAGAGCGGGAUGCAAAGGGCAGGGUGACUGGGCGUUUCGGGUACGUGGAUCCCGACGGGGCGCUGAGAAUUACGGAAUAUCAGGCUGACACCGAAGGGUACAGAGCGAACAUGCUGAUUUACCAUCGCGUGAACAGUGUUCCCCGAGACCCUCUCCUCGUGGGCCCUUUGCCGCAGCGGGUGUCUCCGUCCGCUCCCCCUUCGGGCGUUGAGGACCACGGAUUCCGACCGCCGAGCGGGCCCGUGGGCCCUAUUCCCUUCUUUCCUCCCAAAGGCCCAGUGCUCCUCAUUGGUCCGCUACCCAAACCACUGCAGCCAAAAGGGAUUCUUUCUUCCUCACAGGAAUUUGAGGAAAUAUUCUUCGACACAGCCGCCACGCCUCCACGGACUGGCGGUCGAGGUUCAGAGGAGCAGGCGGAUUCCCCCUCAGAGGGAACGCUACAGGAAAUGGGGAUUUCGCUUAAGAGUUCACUGGGGGAUUUUUCAAUUAGUCUUUCGCAGCGAAAUACUUCGGUGGAAGUCACUCCCUUGUCUCCCGCAAAUCGCACGGGAAAUAAUCAUGCAACGAUAAUAGAAACACCGGAAGACAGUAGAAUCGGUGAUACGGUUGAGACUCUAGGUAACCAGUCCUUACAAAUUUCAUUUAAGGACACAAACAAUCAAAAUUUGAGUGUAUUUUUACUGUCAACUGCAGAGGGGACAUUGUUUCCCACUCUUAAAUUACACAGCGUCAGUGCUUCGUUGAACAAUACAUCGACAGAAUCGUACAGCAAUAUCUCUGAUCUGUAUUUACAAAGUAUUACUAACAUUACAAAAGGAAGGGAUAAUGAUACGGAAUAUAAAACCUCACAACCACUCAAAACGAAUACGACACAAUCAGUAAUAACAUUGUUAUCGGCAUCAAAAACACCUACGCCCCUGCUCCAUCUCGAGACCCCAGAUAAGGAAUAUCCAUUUCCACCUGAUCUAGAUUUACAAAGGGAAAUUGCUCCAACUGAGAAUACCUCGCAUCAUCCAAUGCAAUCGCCGACAACAGAAAUGGCAGUUGCUUCCGAUUUGCCAUCCAUGACCUCGGCAGGAAAUUCCUUUUCGAGAGCGCCGUCUUCAGCAGUCGUCAUCAUGUUCGAUUCGUCGUUACCCUCUACGCAUACACCCGCUCGUCCCUUCACGCACAGUACGGACGAAACAUCCGCUGCCUCUCGAAUGGAAGAAAAAGUCACGCCAACCCCACCGCUUACUGACAACUCCCGUACAGUCGCGGAACCCACAACUUCAGCUGAUCUGCCUCCACUCUUCUAUCUCCCUGUAGAAACUUCAGUGAAUCAGGCAGAUAGCUGGAACCAGUUACGGCGCCAAAGAUGAUAAAAAGUAGAUCCUUAUUCAUAGAUUAUUGUAAAAAUAAAUACGACCUAUCUUA